AUGCUGAGUAAGAAAAGAGAGUCUGAAGUUUAACAGCCAUUGAUAUUAGGGCUAAGGGAUUUUGAAUCGUUAACGAAUAAAUAAAAGUAAGUGAACACAAAGGAGGAAAGAAACAAAGGAACACUUACAAUUGAAUAAAAGGAAAUUUACUAGUCUAUAGACAAUUAGAGUUAUUAUCCCCUUCCUAAAGAAUAUCAAUGGAUAUUGGAAGAUUAUAAUGAGGUUGAUUACUCUAAGAUAGAUGGAAGAAUUAAUAGUAAAUGUUUGCCCUUGAGAUUUGAAGAAGAAGUAGACGAUGAGGAAAAAGUAGUUGACUAGGAGGAAAAUGAAUCAUAAAAAGAAGAAGUAGAAAAAGAAAAAAAUAUUAAAUACGAACAAGUAGCAGAUGUAAAAAAAUAAGAAGUGAAAGCUCUUAGUAGAAUAUUCUUAUGGUGA